ACAAGAGGCGCACACUAGCUGGCUGCAGAUAUUUGCGAUAAAAUGCCGAGUUUUUGUGGUAUAAUCGGCUGUAGUAAUCGUAAGAACAGGGAAACUAAUCACAGUUUCUUCAGGUUACCGGCAAUUAUCGAGCAUCAAGGAGAAAAUACGCGAGAACUGUCUUCAAAGAGGCGAGCAAUCUGGCUAGCACGGAUAGCUAGAAGUGACCUUACAUCCGAGUCCAGUUUAGCCAAUCUACGGAUCUGUUCGGAUCAUUUCAUUAAAGGUAAACCAGCUGGGCUGUAUUAUCAUACCCAUCCGGACUGGGCACCAUCAGUGAACUUAGGUCACAAGAAGGUACCGAGGCCUACACCAGUAACACUUUCGAGAUAUGACCGAGUGCAAAAGAGAACCCGAAAAAAGAAGGACAUUGAUGCUGCUACAAGCCUGCUUGAUUUUAGCAAUUCACUUCAAGCACAAGACACAAGCCUGCCUGAUUUGAGCGAGUCAUUACGGGUAAAGUCUGAAGAACCAAACAUGAUGUGCAGCCUCUUAGAAGACUUUAUUGAACUGGAAACUGGUGUUGGAUCACAGACUGACCUAACUGGAGAAAUGAUUGAUAAAAUGUUCACAGAAAUAAAGAAUCUAACAUGUGAAAAAAAUGAGCUUAAAGAGAGACUUUCAAAAGCCACCAUUUCUGAAAACCCUCUUUCCAAGGUGAUGAUCGUGUGAAAUUCUAUACUGAGCUGCCAAAUUUUGCAUUGUUAAUGCUUAUUUAUAUUCUUGUGCAGCCCCACAUUAAUGUUAGUCAUCAAAGUUCAUUGACCAAAUUUCAACAUUUGAUAUUGACUUUAAUGAAACUUAGAUUCAAUGUACCCAUCCAGGAAUUACCUUACGGAUUCUGUGUAUCAUUGUCAACUGUGUCACGUGUGUUCACCUCGACUGUCAAUAUUCUGUUUAAACAUUUGAAGUUUUUGGUGAAAUGGCCAACACGUGAGGAACUUAGAUUGACUAUGCCAAUGGAGUUCAGGGUGCAUUUUGGCACCAAAAUUGCUGUCAUCAUAGACUGCUUCGAGGUCGUCAUCGACCAUCCAUCAAAUUGGUUAGCAAGAUGCAAAACCUGGUCCAAUUACAAGCAUCACAACACCAUAAAGUUCCUGAUAGGUAUCUGCCCACAAGGUGAAAUAUCAUACAUAUCAAAGGCCUGGGGUGGAAGGUCCAGUGAUAAAUAUAUAACAGAAUACUCUGGAUUUUUGGAUAAUAUUUUGCUUGGGGAUGUCAGUCUGCCUGACAGAGGUUUUGACAUUAAUGAAUCGGUGGGUCUUAUGUGUGCAGAGGUUAAAUGACCGUCUUUUAUGAAAGGUUGGAAGCGGUUAUCUGUACAUGAUGUUGUAUAUACCCGAGAGAUCGCAUCUUUGAGGAUACAUGUUGAAUGAGUCAUCGGUUGUGUGAGAUAGCGAUGCACCAUUUUGAGUGGACCAGUUCCAAUUGAUUACUCAAUGACCAAAUGCAUUGAAGGUUUCACUUUGAUGGACAAAAUAGCCAGAGUAUGCUGUGCCUUGUAUAAUGCAUGUGAUACCGUUGUUCCAUCAGAGACUGAACUUAGCUAGCACACUGGGGCCAAAAUUUACUUUGAACUUUUGAAAAAGUUCAGAAAGUUGGACCGAAAUGGAAACGUAUUACCAACAUCCCUCUUUCUAGAUAACCCACAUAAUAUAUUUUGCAUUAUUAGCACAGCACUAUGGCUAAAGGCGUACAAGAGAACCCAUAUUGUUCAUGGAAAAAGCUCCAUUGCCAUGUUUUGGGAUAAGUAUGCACGGGUAAUGGAAAUUCGUACGCCUUCUUGAUUUGUACAGCUAGAAGUAAAUGUCUCUACAAUCACAUUCCCAUGUGGAUUUUGGUUCUGACUAUCACAGAAAUCUAAACAGCUUUCAUAUUUUUAACUAUGAGCCAAAAUUAGAAAAAUAUUCCCAUCCAAGUUGGGUUUUAUGGGCUAUACAUAUCAAGAUGGUGUAUGAAUCAUACUUACCUGAGACAUUUCAAACAUUUCUACAUUUUAAUUAUUUCAAUUCACAUGGAAAAAAAAAUCUCUUUGAAAUUUGCACAGCUAGCUUGGGCACCUUAAUCACGUGCCCAAGUUGUGCAAAUUCCAUAAGAAUUGCUCUUCAUUUCAAAUUUAUUAGACUUUGAAGCAGAAUUUUUGAUUUUGCACUUAGUACCAUUUGGCUCCAAGCCCUCGAUAUACAGUAUAAGGGUAGAUAAUUGAUGAGUCAGUAAGCAGUAUGAUGUUUGUUUAAAAAAAAAAAAAAUUAGCAAUGUUAAGUUUAAUUGUUCAAACCACUGCAAGCUCUGAUUACAGGAGUAGACAGUGUAUUUGGUGUCGCAUCUUGUGAAUGCGUGCAGGCUGGGUAAGGCUUCACAUAUCAGAGGUAUACAGUAUCGUAUACCUCUGUACCUGUAUACCGUCGUAUACAGCAGGUAUACAUAUCGACUAUACAGCAUCUUUUAUCAGAAAGGCAAAGUGGAAACCAUACGAAUUGAUGGCAAGAAAAGAGAAGUAUGUGCAGGCUAUGUGUGCACUGGGAAAGGCAGACAUAAUCAACUUGGAUGUUGCUGCUACUCUAGAAGAGUAUGUCUGUGCAAUGUAUGGCAUGAAAGAUGUCAGCCGAAUCAGUGAUGCUAGAUUUCACUUGUUCAAGAAGCUGUAUGCCCCCAUGAAGCAGGCCAAGCCACUUGAGAAAAUACGGUCUUCAGAUCCAUGCUGCUUACCACCUUGCAGAGCUGUUCUACAGGAAAAGCUUAAACGUACCAAUUACGUAGCCUUUAUGUGGAAGAAUGCUCGAAAGUCACAACCAGUGGAAUUUGUUCCUGUUGGUCAUGGUUGGAAGAUAGAUGAAAACAACAGGUUAGGGAUUGUAUGGUUUGAAUGCCCCCAAAUGCCAGAUGCCUUGUCACUGCAAGAUGUGGAGGCUGAUGUCGAUGAUGAGGAUGAUAACGAAGAUGAUGAAAUGUUGAUGCAAAAUGCAUCUUCUGAUGAAGAGGCGUCAGAGGAAGAAUAUGACUAUGAUACCAGACUAUGUUAAAGGUGAACUCCACACGGCAGUGCUAUAUGCAUUACCUGGCGACUUUGUUGUGAAAAGUCUGGGAUAUUGCUACGGGCUUUUAUAGCCAUUCAAACUAGAAGUACAAUGUUAGAAAAAACAAGUUGGUAGUGUAUGGGUAACUCCGGUGUACUUCAGAUGUGAGUUACAUUUGUAGAUCUGGCAUUAAGCUUGAUCAAUCUCUUGAAAAUGUUUAUACAUACUAGUAUUACUUGUGAGGCACUUGACCUUGUGACCUCUACCACCAAAUAUGUUUAUUAGCAAUGGUCUAAUGUCAAGAAAGGUUGUCAAUUCAGGGAUGCCUUAAAGACAGUGAGCUGGUUCUGUUAAUGUGAAAACAAUGUUGUAAUGUAUUUUCCAUUCCCAAUGCAUCAGCUUCAGUUUUCUAUGCAACGUAUGUUAUAAUGUACAGCGCAAUUACCAUACUUUUGUAUUUUUGGUGGAAACCAAACUAUUCUAAAUUUCUACCUUGAUGUCUGGUCUCUAUAAAAAAAAUAACAUUUGUAAAUAUUCAUGAGAAUUUCCAUUCAAAAUCUGGCCAAAACAAAAUAUGAGUGAAAAUUUUGGGCCGGCAGUCUGUCAGGUGACCUUUUGACCCCUACUG